CCAUCCAUUAUCAAAUCGUUCUCUCUCUCUCUCUCUCUCUCUCUCUCACACACACACACAUACACUGAAAACACAGUGAUUCAUAUGGAUUCACAUUUACAGUGUAUGACUGCAUCUUCCUCCUUGAAUCCCAAAACCCACAGAUUUCCAUACACUAAACCAUCAUGGGUUCACCAUUACAACAGUAGAAGAGGCUGCAUACACAUACAAUUCAGGAUCAUUAAAUAUCAUGCUUUUCAACUUCACCAUCACCAACACCAGCAGAAGAAAUUGCUGCUCACUGAAGCCUCUGCUAAGAAGCCGAAGAAUGGUGUUUCACUAUUGAAUGAAGAGCCCAUCAAGGUACCUGAGAAGAAAGGAACUGUCGCCGGCGCAGUUGCUUUGAUCAUCGGCACCAGUAUAGGCUCAGGGAUUCUGGCACUCCCACAGAAAGCUUCCCAAGCAGGACUGGUUCCAAGUUCAAUAUCCAUGGUAGUAUUUUGGGCAUUUCUCCUAAUUGAAGCACUUUUGCUUGUGGAGAUAAAUGUGAGGCUGAGGAGGGAGAAGAUAAAGAAAGAGGAAGAGAAUGAAUUGGAGGUUAUUUCCAUUAGAACGAUGGCCCAAGAGACAUUAGGAGAUUGGGGUGGAAAUCUAGCCACUUCCACUUAUGUUUUCUUGGGCUACACUUCUAUGGUUGCUUAUAGUUCAAAGUCGGGGGAGAUUCUCUUUCACUUGCUCAAUCUUCCAGCUCCUGUAUCGGGCAUCUUUUUCACUUUACUUUUCACUAUGCUAAUCUCCCUAGGUGGGACCGUAGCAACUGAUAAAGUUAAUCAGCUGCUCACUGCUUCCAUGAUAGGUUUACUCUUAGCAAUAGAGGUGGUAGCAGUUGUUUUGGGUGGGUGGUCGGGACUAGCGGGAAGUGGAAACUGGGCAAAAGUCCCUCCUACAAUACCUGUGAUAAUCUUUUCUUUGGUAUAUCAUGAUGUAGCACCAGUUCUAUGUGCUUAUUUGGGAAGUGACCUAAAACGUCUAAGAGUUUCGGUUUUACUUGGUAGUAUUGUUCCAUUGAUAACAUUGCUUGUUUGGGAUGCAAUUGCCUUUAGCCUUUCCUCCCAGGCUGAUCAAGUUGUUGACCCUGUUGAAUUGCUUAUGAGUGUGAAAUUGAGUGGAGUUUCAUAUAUGGUAGAAGCUUUCUCACUGCUUGCCGUAGGAACUUCACUGAUUGGCACUCUUCUCGGCUUCUUUGAGUUUUUCAAAGAGCAACUUACUAACCUCUCUUGGAAUUCUUCCACCACACCGGUGCUACAGAAGAGAACAAACUUGAUCUUUGGGCUGCAAAGUUGGUGGGGAAGAAAUAAAAUCAGCUUCACUGCAAUGGCAGUUGCUGUUGCUCCAUCUCUUUUUGUCUCAACCACCAUUCCUGAUGCGUUUUCUGCUGCCACAGACAUUGCUGGAGGAUACUGUAUGACAAUGCUGUAUGGAGUUCUCCCACCAGCAAUGGCCUGGGCAAUGCAUAAAAAAGAAGAUGGAGAUGCUGAUCAACAAGCAUUAUCCAGAGCAAGGCCCUUGCUUCUUGGAGUAGGAAUAUUUGCUUGCGGGAUUGUGGUGGAGCAAAUACUGCAGGAUAUCCUAGCACUGCAAUCGUAGCCGGGAUAAACACUGUUCUUAUUUCCACAUAUGAAUCCUUUCAUCACAAUGUUUAAUUUUAUCAAUUAAAAUUUCCAUUUUGGAAAUUCCCUUCCUUAGCUAUUAUUUGGAGGAAAGGGAAGUUUAAAAGGCAGUUGACUCUGCAUUUCUUUACAGAACCAAAAUGUAUAGAUACAUAAUCUGUAAUAUAUAACUAUCACUUUCAUAAAUGAAAUUGUAAUGACUCUUCUUUCA